AUGCAGAAGGCAAAGGGCGUUCCGAAAGACGUCCGACUGCGCACAAAGCAUGCUGAGUACUGCCGCAUCCACGAGGCCAACUCCGUCCAGUUUGACCGCUCCGUGGCCCUGCGUUCGCAGCAUCACCAAGUGUCCUUGGUGGAAACCGAGAAAAAGACGUACCAGGUGCUCAACGACAAGGCCUUUCAGAUCACCAGAGAGUAUGCUCGGCUUUUAGGUCAUUGGCGCAAUGCCUUUGUUGGUUUAUGGGUCAAGAUCGAGCAAAGAAUGCCCAUCUUCGAGAAGAUCCUAGAGUUUGUGCGCGGACCUGCUCCACAGAUGCGGGAGGAGUGGGGAGAGCCUGUCAGGGAGCUGAUUAGGCUUUAUGGACAUACAGCCAAGUUGUACGCUUUGUGCAUUCCGGCGGACAAGGUACCGGAUCGAAGCGUUGUGCUUCCAGAAACACUGCAUGGUGUGGCAGCAUGCCCCGAUGCCAAAAUCGGAGUUGUCGUUCAAAUCAUGGGUGGCAGUCUGGCCGCUUGA